GUCUCCCAGACACGUUGUACGCCAUCUUGUCCAAGUCGCUCACAGACACAUUGAUUAAAAAGGCACAACAACAACUCUCACCGUCACUAUCUCUACCGUGUGUCCCGGUAUGAACGGUUCACGAAACAAAACGGCACCGAUAGUCAGCAAAGGUCAGACGGAAGCAGCGGACACCGGCUCCUCGGAGACGAGCCACCGGGAGCGGAAGAGCGGUGGAGGAAUGCUGAAGAAGCUGAAGUCUCGGAGGCGCAGUCAGACGGAGAAGUGGCCUGCGGUCACUGAGGAUGAACUCCGGGCUCUGGGGAGAGACAUCACCCCGGACAAUGUGCUGGGUCUCCGGGCGGUCACGGAGGACUAUCUGUGCAAACCUGAAGACAAUAUCUACAACAUUGACUUCACACGUUUCAAAAUUAGAGAUCUGGAGACAGGAACAGUGCUGUUUGAGAUUGCCAAACCUCCUAACAGUGGUCCUGUGGAGGGUGAAGAGGAGAGUGGAGAUGUAGACACCAGUGCGGGGCGUUUUGUGCGAUAUCAGUUUACACCAGCCUUCCUAAAACUGUGCACUGUUGGUGCAACCGUGGAGUUCACAGUGGGCGACCGGCCCAUUAACAGCUUCCGUAUGAUUGAGAGGCAUUACUUCCAGGGACACCUGCUCAAGAACUUUGACUUUGACUUCGGUUUUUGCAUUCCCAACAGCCGCAACACAUGUGAACACAUUUAUGAGUUUCCGCAGCUUCCAGAUGACCUCAUUCGCCAAAUGGUGGCGCACCCUUACGAGACCAGAUCAGACAGUUUCUACUUUGUGGACAACAAACUCAUCAUGCACAACAAGGCAGACUACGCCUACAAUGGUGGUUUGUAAUAUGCAUGGGGGAAAAUGUUUGCGAUACUUCCCAGGGGAUCGAUUUUCCUGCAUUAAAACUAUCCAAAAGUUUAUUUUUGGGGGACAGCAGAAGUAUUCUCUCCUUUGUGGGCAUUCCAACGCAAGUGACGACAUUCUUCAGAACCAACGGACCACAUCUGCCUUCAUAUGAAAUCAUGGAUCCAUUCAUCAGUACCUCAUAGAUCUCAGUUUCUGGGACUCCGAGGAAUGUUCGGUUAAAUCUGACUGAAACCUUUUUUGUUCUGUCUUUUGUUUUCGUUUGUCAUACAAGUAUCAUGUUACACUUUUGCCUUAAGUUUCUUGCCGUCUCUGCUGGAAAGGGACACUUUGAGUCUCAGGCCUCUCGUGACAAAGCCUAUAGACUGUGUUAGUUCUAACUCCAUUUACUUAAGCAUAUAGAUGUUGAUGUUGAUUUGAACUACCUUUCGCUAGUGACAAUUGUGUUUCCCGUAUGGAAAAGCGAGCAUUAAAUAGAUGUUUUACAGUAUUGUUAGUCAUAGAUGAUCAUGUAGCACUAGUUGACAUUGUUUGAGUCUCAUUCUUGCUUAAAUAUCUAUCAGCUGUGAGUCAUUCGGACUGUUUGUGUCAGAUAUUUAAGCUUGGUGUCAUUUUCAUAAGGAGCAUUAGGUUGACCAAUCUUAUCUUAAGUAGGACAUUUGGUUCAUUCAAGAAUAGCAUGAGCUUUUUUCACGAUGCCAGGUGUUCACCCUGCUGAUACCUGUUAUAUUUUUACGACAACAGUUUUUACGACAUAAUUGGCUGUUGACUGGGAAUCUAGUAUCAAACUCCGUAACCUCCACACACUGUGAUGCAUAAAAAGUACAAGAUAGUAGCAGAAUCUGAGUUACUGGACUUGCUUUUUAUGCCGCCCAUGCCUAAAACGAUUUGGUCUUUCCGCUUUAUCCACUCCAAUGUGUAAGCACAGGGUUAAUUUAAUCCCUUGAGGUCUGUCUUUUUGACUUAUUUGGCACACAAGCGCCGGGAAUCCCACUCUUUAGGAGCCGAGUGGUGUACCUAUUAAACUGGUCGCUGAGUGUAUCUUCUGCUGCUCUGCGCUCAGGUUCUCAAUCUACCAAUGAAAUACCACAGUAGCACACAACAUGACAGUCUGAUGUAGCUUCUUGGUAGUUGAUCUUUAAUGAGGCAGUAGGGUAGAUACAGAAGUUGACCUGUUUUCUCUAUUUAUGGAUGCCCUGUUUUAAGGACUAUACUGGUGGUUUUGCAUAUCCUACAAAUUGUGUAAUGUUUUUAUUAUACUCAAGUUUCCAGUCUAUUAGGUACACCUGUACAAUGUCAUUUUGCACAACAGCCCUGCAAUAAAUCCUACCUUAGUUAAGCUUGCAGUGCUCAUUUUUUAUCAGAGGUGCUGAUUUGAUUAUAUGCUCGGAAGUUUGAAAAUAGUCCCUGCCUGCUAUGUCACUUCCAGUCUAAAUAUCCACUGUGAUUAGCUAGUUCCAUUUCUCUGAUUUUCAUAUUGUACAGACAUGAAUGGAAAUCAGCGGCCGCCUGAAAGGCAGGAAAGAGUUCUAAAACCGUGUAAAUGGUCAGCUUUAAGUAAUGCAUUUAAAUCAUGCAAAACCACUGGGACUGUCUGGAAGUCGUUCUCGAUAUACACAAAUGAUCCUUUCACUGUACGUUUUGACAUUGAUUCCAUGUGCCUUAUAUCUAGGUGUUCAUUGUUAGGUUGUUUUUCUGUAAGAGAACUUUGUGCAUCGUCCACCUGAAGUUGAAUGGAAGAGAAAUCAACUCCGACGUCUUGCAGUACUGCCUUGUGUGAAACUGGUGACAGCAUGUCACUUCAUAUACUCUUAUUUACUCUUAUAACAUUUGGCAUUUCACAGUUUGAAAACAGUGACAACGUAGCCCGUUUAUAACUCCAACAAGUGUGAUAUCAGACAGGCACAUACUUGGACAGCCGUAGCCUUCGCUCCAUGACCCUAUACAACCUCAUUUUACUUUACUCAAUGGAUGUAUCUCAGUUGGACUGCUGGUUCCGGUGUUGUCAGAGCUGGGAAGCAUUGUUUUGCCAUACAAUUCGAGUCAGUGGUAUUUUGUCGUAAAAUUGGAUGUUAUAAAUGCCUUGAGAAGUUGGUACACUUUGUAUAUCUGCACAAUGAGACUACAUGACUGAUCCCGAAAAAUGUAUGGAUCCAUUCUGUAACCUGCUACAUAGACUCUUCCUUUUAUAUCAGCAAAUUUUACAAAUGACACAAUAAUGUCGUAUCAGAUUUAUUGUAAAUAAAAAUGGCGGACUGCAAAACAAUUAAA